AUGCUGAGAGCAAUACACUGUAUUAUAGGUCUUUUUGCCGGUCUCACUUUGGAAACGGCGCCGCCUGGCAGAAAUGCAGAUGUGCCAAAAAUGGGGGUAGUUGGAAUGUUUAGUGAUGAAAAAUUAAAAUUUUCAGUGUGCAAAAAAUACAUUGAAAACAUCAACUAUCUUUCAGAAAUUGUUGAUUCUUUUGAGGCGAACAAAGCAAACAAGACAAUUUCUGAUGCAUUAGCAUUUUUAAUUAAAGUAACUGAGGAUAACAUACAAGAAUAUUACAUAGAUUCAAAAGAAGAGGAACUGAGAGAGUUGAAUGGAUUUGGAAAUAUAUACAGGAAGUUUACAACGAUGUCAGAGCCCAAAAACAUUCCCAAGUCCUCCGCACACUUUUAUGAAAAAGGCAAGGCGAAUUCUCAAAAAGAAAAGUUUGUUCAUUCAUUAGAUAUAUUCAUGAAAGACAUACUCAAAUAUCACAGCAGUGGCAAUAACAAAAAUUUUGAAUGCUUUCUUAGAAAAGUUUGUCUCAGGUUUCUUGGUGAGCUAAGUGCUAGGUUCAAAACAACUGUUGAUUUUUCUCUUUACAUUAAAAAUUUUAAGAGCAUUAAAAAAAUGAUUACCACAGUAUCAACAUGCUUGGAACAUUUAGUGGAUUUACUAAACCGCAACGCAAUUCAUUCUAAUACAGCAAGAUCAAGUUUCAGUGCACUUGUAAAGGCCUCAAAGGAUAUUGAUGCCUAUUUUGAAGAGCUAAUCCAAAAUGAGAAUGGAAAAGCUGAGUUUUCAUAUGGACUGACCGUAUCAUACUUCGCUCUUAGUUCGUGGAUUGAUAUGCUGGCUUUGCUGUCCCAAAGUACUAUUGAUGCCAAAUGCGAGAAGGUAAUAGACUAUAAAGAUUUCAUGUUGUUGAUUUUUAAUACAGUUAUUUUCAACACUGUUGAAAACGCUGAUAUUAAACAAUACCUUUCAUGUAGGGAUGUUUUAGAUAACCUUAUAAAUGGAACUAUAAAGUAUUACAUACUCAAUAAGCUCUGGGCAGUGGUAGUAAGAGAACCAAAAAAGACAGUCCGCGUAGAUGCAAAGAAACUCGGAGGAGAAUUGCAUGAGCAACCAUUCGAAGUGACUGAAGAAGAAAAUAAGCCUAAUGUUGAAAAUGUUGUAAGGUUCGAUGAAAAUCAAAUCAAGUUUAUUACAAAAUAUACUCAAUGUCUUAAAGAGAUAUUGCAGGACACCAAGGGAAUCCACAAUCUGCCAAUUUUUGGAUUUGUUAGGAGGGUUGACAUAUCAAAAAUUAAUUUAAUAUUUAAAAAAAACGUAACUACAGAUGAAGAUACUUCACCCAUCAAAACCCUACAAAUUAUAGCAGUGAUAGAAGUAAUAAUCAAUCUUAUUCUGAUCAUUACGUUUAUAGUCCUUUGA